UUUUUUUUUUUCUCACGUGUUCUGGAGAAGUCUAGACUCCGCCCUCUCUCGUAUAAGACGCCAUUGUUGCAUAGCUCUCUCGUUCUACCGGUGCAGUCCAUUCGAGCUCUGAUCUUCUCGAAUUCUCGCACACAGAGAUAGCGAGAGAGAGAUCGAGAGGCUUUCUUCGUGGGAGCGAGCGAGCGAUGGAGGCGUACGCGAUGGCGAGGACGAAGAUGAAGCGCAAGGACCUCGACCAAGUUAGCGACGACUUCUCCGACUUCUCCCUUUCUUCCCCCGCCCGGAAGAUUCGCCGACUGGACGCGGAGCUACCGCCUAUAAUGGAGGACGAUGAACCUGAAAUCGCGAUGCCCUACCUGCAGAACCGGAGCAGCGGCCCGGUGAUCGAGGAAUUGCCGGCGGAAUCGGCCUCAUCCUCCGCCUCCGCCUCCGCCUCCGCCUCCGCCACCGCCGCCGCCGCCGCCGCCGCCUCCGCCUCGGAGAACGAGGAGAGGGCUAUUGUCCUUUUCAAGCCCGUGCACGGCCGUCUUCUGGGAGGGCCCUCCCCUUCGAGUUUCUCUGUUUCCGUGGACCCGGACUUCAUCUCAGGGUUUAAAAAUCAAUUCUACUGGUCAAAUGAGCCUGCCCAUGAGAAAUUGAUUGAAGAUGAGACAGGUGAUGCAGAGACAAACAAGGGAGGUACCAACUGUAUGGCCGUGGUCCCUUGGAUUCCUUCUCAGUUUCCUUCUGCACCAGGCAUUGAACUCCUCCAGCCUGAGGGUAGUGAGGCAAUGGAGGCUGAGGAAAUGGCUGACGGGACAAUGGAGAUUGAAGAUGCAACUGAAAGUUAUCCGGUAACUCAAGAACAAGCGCAUGGUUAUGCCGGACAGAGCUCAAGUGAAGGAUUUCAGCAGUGGCAGCAACCGCACUGCAUGACGCCUCAGCCACCCCAGAGUGUCUCUACUCCACUUGUGUGGUAUCGGUAACACAUCUAUAAUGUUACGUUUUCCUUUGAAUGCCAACUGGCAACAACGUCGGAGGAUCUGCAACUCAAUGCAACAGAAUAGCUACAACGAGAGACAACCCUUGCAACUUCUCCUUUUUGAUCGGGAAAGUGGAAAUGAUAUCUUAGCGUCAAGAUUUUGUACAGGGGGUUAGGAGUAAAGAUGUAUUAUGAGAACUCGCGUGAGGGUAGGUGGAGCUCUGUUUUGCUGAUGUGCCCAAGAUUCUGCCCCUUCCUCAGCCGGAAGGGCGCUUUCAUCUUUUGUGGCAAGCACUAGAUAGUGAUGUGAUUCAGUUUGGCACAAUGGAAAUGAAAUAUGGAGCAUUUUCAAAGUCGCAUCAACGGGUGAACUGCUUUAUGUACUUAUAUUUCGGUGUAUGUUCUCCUCAAAGGGAUGUUAUCUU